AUGGCCACUCCCAUACAGCACGCCAGCCCGCAGAGCAAUGGAGUAUCCCCUCGCGCUUUCGCAGCCCAGCAUGCGCGCCUCCCAAACAACUUCCGUGGCUGCUCGAGGAUCACCGACUAUGAUAUCCUGGGGAAGUUGGGCGAAGGUACGUUUGGAGAGGUUCAUCGGGCGAAGUCAAAGAAGACGGGCACAAUAGUCGCACUGAAGAAGAUCCUGAUGCACAACGAGAAGGACGGAUUUCCUAUUACUGCCCUACGAGAGAUUAAGCUCUUGAAGCUGCUGUCACAUCCAAACGUUCUGAAGCUAGAGGAGAUGGCCGUCGAACAUCAUUCCAAGAGCAGCACCGAUAAGAGGAAACGUGCUAUCAUGUAUAUGGUCACUCCAUAUAUGGACCAUGAUCUCUCUGGCCUGCUUGAGAAUCCCAGCGUCAAGUUCACGGAACCUCAAAUCAAAUGCUACAUGCUGCAACUCCUAGAAGGAUUGCGGUACCUUCACGAUAAUAAGAUCUUGCACAGAGAUAUGAAAGCGGCGAAUCUUUUGAUCAACAACAAGGGAAUUCUACAGAUUGCAGAUUUCGGAUUGGCACGACAUUAUGACGAGCCUGUUCCAGUAGCCGGUCACGGUGGAGGAGAAGCUCACAGAGAUUAUACAACCCUGGUGGUGACUCGAUGGUAUCGACCUCCCGAGCUAUUAUUACACCUAAGAAAGUAUACAACAGCAAUUGAUCUAUGGGGCGUUGGGUGCGUCUUUGGUGAAAUGCUCGUUGGAAAACCAAUACUUUCUGGUGACAGUGAUCCAAAUCAGCUCAAGAUCAUCUUCGACUUGGUUGGUACGCCCACAGAGGAGACCAUGCCAGGAUGGAAAUCAUUACCUGGUGCUGAAGGCUUGAGCUUUCCUACAAAACCCUCGACCCUCUGGCCGCGAUUCAGCAGUUACGGUUCUGGGGCCAUCUCUCUACUUAGCGAUUUGCUGAAGCUCGACUGGCGGAAGCGCGUUAAUGCUAUUGAUGCAUUAAAGCAUCCAUACUUCCACACCGCGCCUUUACCAGCAAGAGCCGGGGACCUACCAACGUUUGAAGACUCGCACGAGCUUGAUCGUCGCAAGUUCAGAGGCCAAAAGGCUGCACCUCCUCCAGCGCCAAAAGGUGGUACCGUUGGCAUGGGUCCAACAGGUGGCUGGGGAGAGCCUAAUGGAAAUGGCAAUCCCGGUUUUGGACCUCCUAACGGGGGCUACGGUGGUUAUCGUCAACACAACGGAAGUCGCUAUCCUCAAAGCGGGUAUCGAAAUGGUGUCCCACCACCUCCUCCUCAAGAAGAGCGCAGACCUGCAUGGAGAAGGGAUGAUGGCCGUCCAUCAGGAUUACCACCCAGACCACCGCCUGUGGAUUAUCAUGAUGGAAGAUUAGAUCGUCCAGAUGGGUAUAGAUCUCGCUCACGAGAAAUUGAGCGCCCACCGCAAAGAAAUAGAGUGGGUGCACCGAACGUGGACACGUAUAUACCUAGUUAUGGCCCAGACAGUGCCCGAAGAGACGAUCGACGAAGACGGGAUGACCGUGACGACCGUCGGCACCAUGAUAGAGGAGAGCGGGAGCGUGAUCGAGGACUAGACUAUGAUGAAAGAAGUAGAAGUGCCAUAACUCACAGCCGUAGCCGGAGUCCGAUACGAGAGCGGGAUAGGGUCAGGGAGCGAGAACCCUUGGAGAGAGAGAGGGACCGGGACCGGGAUCGUGAUCGAGAGCGGGAUAUUUAUCGUAGGUGA